UUCUUAUCUAGCAGAACUCCAUUAUUUACAAUAGUUCUGCCAAAUCACUACUUAUUAUCAUUUUUCAGUUCGUGAUAAACAAAUUAAAUUUAGAGCAAUUCGUUCCAUAGUUAUAAUUGAGUGUUUUUCUAUUUGGUUAUUCAGUUGUAUUUGCGGAAGAGAAUUUAGCAGAUUGACCAAAAAUGUCGGUAAAUACUGAAGCAAGUGGGUCACAGCAAACAAAAAGCGAAAGCAUAGAAGAACAGACAAAUGGGGUUGGCGACAGCAAAAAAAUUGCUUUAAUAACCGGCAUUACUGGGCAGGAUGGCUCCUAUUUGGCUGAAUACCUUUUGAAGAAAAACUAUGAAGUUCAUGGUAUUAUACGCCGUGCUAGUACAUUUAACACAUCUCGUAUUGAGCACCUUUAUGCCGACCCGGUGGCACACAAAGGCGGUAAAAUGAAGCUGCAUUAUGGUGAUAUGACGGACAGCAGCAGCUUGGUGAAGAUCAUAAAUAUGGUAAAACCAACGGAAAUUUAUAAUUUAGCUGCACAAUCCCACGUAAAAGUGUCAUUUGAUUUGAGUGAAUAUACUGCCGAAGUUGACGCCGUUGGUACAUUACGUAUUCUGGACGCCGUACGUACAUGCGGCAUGGAGAAAACCGUACGUUUCUAUCAGGCCUCCACUUCGGAACUGUAUGGCAAGGUGGUGGAGACACCACAAAAUGAGCAAACACCUUUUUACCCACGUUCGCCAUAUGCUUGUGCCAAAAUGUACGGAUUUUGGAUUGUGAUCAACUAUCGCGAAGCGUACAAUAUGUUUGCUUGUAAUGGUAUACUAUUCAAUCAUGAAUCCCCGCGUCGAGGUGAAAAUUUUGUGACACGUAAAAUUACCCGCUCAGUUGCGAAAAUAUAUCACCAACAGUUGGAAUACUUCGAAUUGGGUAAUCUUGAUUCGAAACGUGACUGGGGUCACGCUAUGGACUACGUGGAGGCGAUGUGGAUGAUGCUGCAAUGUAAGGAACCCGCCGAUUUCGUUAUUGCCACUGGUGAAACGCACAGUGUGCGAGAAUUUGUGGAAGAGUCCUUUAGAUUCAUUGGAAGAGAAAUUGUAUGGCAGGGUGAAGGUAUCAACGAAGUGGGCAUCGAAAAGGAAACAGGUGUGGUGCGUGUGCGGAUUAAUCCAAAGUAUUUCCGUCCAACAGAAGUUGAUCUACUUCAAGGUGACGCGAGUAAGGCGCGCCGCGAACUUAAUUGGUCCCCAAAAGUUUCUUUUAAGGAAUUGGUUAAAGAUAUGAUGGUGGCUGAUAUUGAGCUUAUGAAAAAGAAUCCCAUUGCCUAAGUAAAUUAUUUGAAAGUGUGAAUUACUUGUGACAGUACAAGCGUUUUUUACUAAAGCACAAAUAUAGUAAAGCGACAAGAAGCGUAGUACACAGCAAUAUUAAGCUACAUUUAUUUAGUAUUAGGUAUGAGUAUCUAUAUUCUUUUAUGUAGUGACUUCACUUGGCAGUGUGCAAAAUUUAUUUAGUUUAUUUAGUCGGCUAUGUAUUAUUUGUAAUUAUACUCUCAUUGUUGUAUUUAUGAAUGUUUUAUACACUUUGCAUUCCAAAGCAAAUUAUAGUUGUAUUACAUGCAAUAAAUGUGCUAUGAAAUAAGA